CGGCUGAGAAAAGAAAGAAAGAACUAUGCAUGGCAGUUAAUCCUUCCUAAUCUAACACCAAGCAAAACAGUAAUGAAACUUACGUCCGAGUAGGUGAGUGGUGGUUAGUCAUGGCCUAACUAAAUGGGUUACGCCCCGUUGGGAAAACAAAAACGGAGUUGGGAGCCCUACCACUUCUUCCGUUUUUUAUAUUUAACCCAGUCGGGCCUGUCUCUUUCGUUAACAGUCCGCACUUGUAGUCUAUAAAACCACAAUGUGUCCGACCUUAACCGAAUCUCUCUCCCCCCUUUCUCUGUCCUGCUCUGUUUCCUUCAGAAAGAAUCCGGGAGCAUGGCAAGCCUCAGAGUCUCCUACUUGCUCUUGCUUCAAUCAAUUUUAGCCUUUGCAGAUGGAGGUUCAAUUGGAAUAAACUAUGGCCGACUUGCUAACAACCUGCCAACUCCAUCGAAAGUGGUGGAGCUUCUGAAAUCAAAGGGAUUCGACCGAGUUAAGCUCUACGACACCGACUCGGAAGUCCUCACUGCGCUAGCCAACUCGGGUAUAAGUGUCACCGUUGCACUGCCCAACGAUCUCCUCUCCUCCACCGCUGCGGACCAAUCUUUCGCUGACAACUGGGUACAAACUAAAAUCUCUCAGUUCUAUCCUGCUACCAAAAUCGAAGCCAUUUGCGUCGGGAAUGAGGUAUUCGCUGACCCAAAUAACACGACCAAUUUUCUCAUUCCCGCCAUGAAAAACAUCCAUGCCUCGCUUGCCAAGUACAGCCUUGAUUCUGCUAUCAAAAUCUCCUCCCCUGUAGCUCUCAGCGCCCUCCAAUCUUCAUACCCAUCCUCAUCCGGAUCUUUCAAGUCCGAACUAGUUGAGCCCGUCAUCAAGCCCAUGUUGGACCUUCUGCGUCAAACCGGGUCGUACUUCAUGGUUAACGUGUACCCAUUUUUCGCAUACUCCGCAAACUCGAACGAUAUCUCCUUAGACUACACUUUGUUUAAGCAAAACCCGGGUGUGGUGGAUUCCGGUAACGGCUUACGUUACAACAGCCUGUUCGAUGCCCAAGUCGACGCCGUUUUCGCUGCCCUUUCCGCUCUCAAGUACGAUGACGUGAAGAUAGUAGUCACUGAGACUGGGUGGCCCUCACUCGGUGAUACGAACGAGAUUGGUGCAAGCCAAGAUAAUGCGGCGUCGUAUAAUGGUAAUUUGGUAACCAGGGUCCUCACUGGCGGCGGAACCCCGCUACGACCACAGGAUCAACUCGACGUUUUUCUCUUCGCCUUGUUCAACGAGAAUGAAAAAACAGGUCCCACAUCCGAGAGGAACUAUGGUCUAUUUUACCCCAGUGAGGAGAAGGUAUACGACAUACCGGAGGUUGCCGGUAGCCAGUCAACUCUCGUCAAAGGGAGCAAGAGCCAAGUUCCACCGACGAGCGAUGUAACGAAGACUCAUGUGAGUGCAAAACUGUAUCUAACAUUACUGUUACAGUUUUGGAUUAGUUGCUAAAGGUUUUCUGCUAGUUUAUAGUGAAUCGAUGACCUUUUUGUUUUUUAAAAUUAAUCAAUAGAAUAAAAUACUUUUAGUUGGUGUGGUAGCUGUGGAUUAUAAGUUCACGUUCAUGUACCUGUUUAUAGAUAUAUAUUUAUUAUUGAGGGUUAUGUA